CCAGAGAGGCGGUCCGGUUGUGGUUUCCAAGAACAGGAUGUUGUUGCCACACUUUGCAUUCGGAUGCCAUGAAGGCAACUCUGCUUUUCCCCGUGUUGCUGAGCGUCCUCCAGUCGGCCCACAGUCGAGCCUCGGUGACCAUCACUCCCAGCAUGUCGCAGUUUUUCGAGUACGAGAAGAUCUCUCUGAGCUGUGGGCGGAUGAGCUCCGGUGAUUGGACGGUGUGGAGGUACACGGCAGAAAGUAUGAAGCUGUCCCACUGUGGAUCAGGAUGGGGCGACCACUCGUCCUCCACCUGCGUCAUGAAGACGGCCAAGCUGUCCGACAGCGGCGUGUACUGGUGUCAAUCCCAACGCGGGGAGAGCAGCAACAGCGUCAACGUCCUCGUCGUCGGAGGACCAGUGAUCCUGCAGAGCCCCGUCCUCCCAGUGACAGAGGGCCAUGACGUCACUCUGUCCUGCAGGACAAAGACGACCUCCGACCUCCCAGCUGAUUUCUAUAAAGAUGGCUCGCUCAUCGGAAGAGCGCCUACAGGUCACAUGACCCUCCAGCGCUUCUCCAAGUCGGAUGAAGCCGUCUACAAAUGUAACAUCGGCGCUGACGACUCGCCGCCCAGCCGGCUGCUGACGAAAGACGGGUCCGACGUGGCGUCGCUCACGGCGUCGCCCGACUCCUCUCAGCUGUUUGAGUACGAGAAUCUGUCUUUGAGCUGCGGCGGCGGGUGGAGCGUCAGGAGGUUCACCGCGUCUGACGGGAAGAUGUCGGGCUGUGGGGGCGACUGGGGGUCGCUCACCUCUGGAGGCUGCGUCCUCCACACGGUCAAGCUGCCCGACGGCGCCACCUACUGGUGCCAGUCUGCUGCACAGCAGCGGAGCAACUCGGUCCAGAUCACCGUGUAUGAUAAACCCGUUCUCCUGCGGACCCCCGUCCUCCCAGUGAUGGAGGGACAUGACGUCACUCUGUCCUGCAGGACAAAGACGACCUCCGACCUCCCAGCUGAUUUCUAUAAAGAUGGCUCCUUCAUGAGGACUGAGCCUACAGGUCACAUGACCCUCCAGCAUGUCGCCAGGUCUGAUGAAGGCCUCUACAGGUGUAACAUGAGCGGUGCAGAGUCUCCACCCAGCUGGCUGGCUGUCACAGACCCACAUGGCUUGGCCAUGCCGGCUGCAGACUCCGCCCUCUCUGUGUUGGGAGUGAUGCGCCACCUGCUGGUGUUCUCCCCGUACUGCAUCUCCACCGUCAUCAUUGUGUCUCUUUACCGACACCGGCCCUCGGGAAGGAAGCAGCCUGUUUCUACGACGAUGGCUCCGCCCAGCGAGGAAGACGAGGGAUUGGACCGACCGUAUGGUGAUGUCAUCGAUGACGUCACCACCGAGUAUCACUUCUAAACGUUUCUCUCUUGAUGUUGUUGUUGUAUACUUGUUCAAGAAUCCAUAUUUCAAUAAUGAGACAGGAUAACAAUGAAGACAUUUAUUGACAGACGUGAAUGUAUACUUUAAAAUAAAACUUUUGUUGAUAAA